UAAAACCCUAAACACCUUCACAAACCCUAAAAACAAACCCUAUUUCUACACUUCCACCACUCACUGAAACCAAAAACACUUCCACCCUCUCUCUGCCGCAACAACCGCCUCCCUCACUCUCUCUCUUCCAUCCCCAGAUAAAAAUGGCGCCAAAGAAGGACAAAGCUCCUCCUCCGUCGUCAAAGCCAGUUAAGUCUGGCGGUGGCAAGCAGAAGAAGAAGAAAUGGAGCAAGGGUAAGCAAAAGGAGAAGGUGAACAACAUGGUCUUGUUCGAUCAAGCUACGUAUGAUAAGAUGUUGUCUGAUAUUCCUAAGGCCAAGCUCAUCACUCCUUCCACUAUUUCCGAAAGACUCAGGGUAAAUGGAUCUUUAGCUCGCAGGGCAAUCAGGGACUUGAUGUCAAGAGAUUCUGUUAAGAUGGUUUCUGCACAUUCAAGUCAGCCGAUUUACACCAGGGCCACCCAUGCCGCUGCCUAACUUCGUAUAGUGGUUUACUAUUAGGAGCCUGACUAUUUUUUUAGAGUAAUGGGAGGUUAUAUAUAUAAUGUCAUACAAAGUUCUCCGUAUAUCUGGUUUGUUUUUGUUAAUAAGCACAAAGACUGAUUUACAGAACUUUAUGGUCCCGAGUGUCUUCUCAAAUUAUUGAGAUUGAUUUUUCACA